AUGUCUGAAAUGCAGAAGCAGAUCAAAGAGGCCAAGUUACCAGAGGCUCGAGUUGCCAAGGUUGAGUGUGUAACAUGUGGAGGUGCUCAUACUACUGAGCAAUGCACAGAAACCAUGGAUAAGGAAAUCAAGGCCAUGGGUCAAUUUCAAAACAACCCAUACUCCAAUACAUACAACCCUGGAUGGAGAAAUCACCCCAAUUUCUCGUGGAAGGAACAAGGUACAAAUGGCCAGGCAGGUAAUUUUCAAGGACAACAUCCAAAUCAAAGGUUCCAAGGCCAAGCCUCGAGACCACCACCACAAGAGCAAGCCGCUGGAACUAGUGGAGGCAAGAAAAGCUUGGAAGAGCUAUUGGAGAGCUUCAUCAACCGGUCAGAAACCAACUUCAAAAACCAGGAGGCAUCCAUCAAAAAUCUUGAGAAUCAGUUUGGCCAGCUAGCCAAACAAGUUGCGGAAAGACCUCCAGGUAAGUUUCCUUCUGACACAGUUGUUAAUCCUAGGCAAGAGAAUAUUUCUGUUGUUACCACUAGAAGUGGUAAAAUCAUUGAUAGGGUUAAUGAAGAGGUUAAUGAAGAAACACCUGCUAGAAAAGAAACUGUGCAUGCUAAAACCAAAGUGAUAGAACGUCCAUCUGAACUUGGAAAAAUUCCAUUUCCUAAAGCCUUGGUUAAAAAGAAUCUUGAAAAACAAUUCUCAAAAUUUCUGGACAUUUUCAAGAAAUUGCAAAUAAACAUACCAUUUUCUGAGGCUUUAGAACAAAUGCCAAUUUAUUCUAAGUUCAUGAAGGACAUUCUAACUAAAAGAAGAAAAUUAAGGUGGAUGUUUUUCGCUCUUUAA